AUGGACGACCCCGACUGGGCCUGGCCCGCCUGGAAGUUUGGCAUGCGCCGAGACGACCUUUUCACUUCGCUCCACGAACGCUACAAUACCUUUACCUACUCCCUCCAAGACCCCGAGGCUUUCCACCACGAUGUUUACGAAAUUUCAAUCGACGCCGACACCCCUGAACAGUUCCAUCGCUUGAUGGCAGACCGACGCCAACAGCGCCUCCGUGAGCUUAACGAGUCUCUGGACACUCUGGCUGUCGAGAUCAUUGCCAAUCCCAAGUUGAUGGCAUCUGAUCAGUGGCAAUACGCCCUGCAGCUCUUUCGUACCAAGUCGUACGAUUCCAUCGUCAGAUACUUCGCUAGCUACCUCCCCGACCAUUACCUAAACCGCCAUGAUUACCAGUCGUCCUCAUCAUGUUCCUCCUUUUCAGAGGCGGAUAGCGUUCACACCUUGAGCACCAAAGCCAGCAGCGCUGACCGUGCUCUCUUCCUCGACGACGACUUCUUCCCCGACGGGCCCGUCGUGACCGUUGAGCCCUGUACGCUAGAUGAUGAUGUCCAUCACCACGAAGCCUGCUCUGGAGAUGCCCCGUCGCCCUCGACAUCCGAGGCCAUGAGCCCUGAAUCAUCCGUGUCAUCGCCGUCGGAUGCUGACUCGCGAAGCUUCUCGUCAACAAAUCCGCCCUCUCGUUCGAUGUCCUUUUCCGGGUCCGAGUCGGGACACAUUGUCCCUGGACUGACUCGGCGCUCGUUCAGUCGCCGCGGCGAGGACGAGACUUACCCGCUGCACGAUUGUGACACCGCGGACACCUCGGUUUAUAGCCUGAAAGAGGCACGACCCACCUUUGAUAAUGACGCAGCUGUUCUGCUGGAGAACACAUCGCAAUUCUACGGGUCACCAUACUGCGAAGAAGACGAUGAGUUUCCAACUGCGCAGCUCCCUGACGAUCAAUUUGGUCAUCUCGACGCCCUCAACACCACGAAUGACAUGUUAGAAUCUGAUACCCCAACUCCGCGACAAGAAGGCAUUGCAGCUGCGGCGGCGGCAUGCUGUUACAUGGAUCACAGACCCGUGCCGGUGAGGAAGGUGCUCUCUCGUCACCGCGCGCCAUCUCCCAAACUUGCCCUCGCGUGUCGAGAGCCCGGCUAUUCCACGCGUGACGUGCGGCGAAGCCCGGAGGAGGCGUUGAGCAGGAUACAGAAACCGACGCAAGAUGCGCUGCGGAAACGGCCCAAGGGGAGGAGGCCAGACUAG